GAGAUGAUCAGCGGGUGCAGCAGCGCUCGGCUGGCGCUGCCUCGCCCUGAGCAAAGAUGGCGACGGCGGCGACCUUUCCCCCGAUCGGGCCGGGAGCCUGGUCUCUCCUCUGGAGCCGGCGCUCCGCGUUUCCAUGGUAAUUUGAUUAUUGAUUUUGGAGAUGCCAGAUGGCCUCAAAUGAUGAAGAUGCCAUUGCUUGGUACCAAAAAAAGAUUGGAGCCUAUGAUCAGCAGAUAUGGGAAAAAUCUAUAGAACAAACUGAGAUGAAGGGCUUCAAAAACAAACCCAAAAAGAAAGGCCGCAUACAGCCUGAUCUUAUAGAUGUUGAUUUAAUCAGAGGUUCCACAUUUGCCAAAGCUAAACCUGAAAUCCCUUGGACAUCUCUGACAAGGAAAGGGCUUGUGCGGGUUCUUUUCUUCCCCUUUUUUAGCCAGUGGUGGAUACAAGUAACUUCCUGGCGUAUUUUUACAUGGCUGCUAGCGCUCUACCUCCUACAAGUCAUAGCAAUUGUGUUGUACUACAUGAUGCCAGUUGUGAGUGCAAGUGAAAUUAUUGGACCAUUGUGCCUUAUGCUGCUGAUGGGGACUGUACACUGUCAAAUAGUAUCUACACAGUUAUCGAAGCCAUCAGGAAUUGAUGGAAGCGGUAUUGGCCGGAGAAGGAGGAAAAUGCGGAAAUAUGCAGGAGGUGAUGGCAGCAUUCCAUACUCUUCCUUAGACAAAUUCAGCAGAUCUGAGGAGCCAUCACAGUUUUCAUCCAGAAUCAGCAGCUUCUUUGACUCAGUAUUGCGGAGAAGGAGCAGGGAGGGGAUUAAAAGGGGAAGACGGGUAGCAGAUAAAGGGACUGAAACGGAACAUAGCAGUGGCGGGAAACGCCGGAUUUCCAGAUCUGAGCAUAGCUUGCAGUGGUCCAAGGAGGGGGUCUUACCUAGUGCAGAAAAAACCCUGGUUAAUGCCAGGCGCUCUGGGGUUUCUGAUGAGCUGUCAAGCGAGGAGGAUACAGAUGCUGUGAGUCAGAACAUUUUGUUGCGCAGAAGUGUAGAAGGUGCCCCUAGUGAAAAUCUGAGCAGGAAACCUUCUGUUACUACUACUCCUGCUCCUUCUCCAAACCAAUCAGUAUCACAGAUCAAGGAGGUCGUGAAAUCUAUGCAAGACUCUGACAGCAUAGAAGAAUCGGAACUGGACACAAAAGUUAUUCAUGAGGAGUCCAGAUCCUUUCAUAGUAGUGGAUCUCGGAGUGGCAGUGCAUCCCACAGAGACUCGUCCAGCACCCGCCAUGACUCUGAGACAGAAGAUGUGCUGUGGGAUGAUUUGCUUCACGGCCCCGAGUACCGCUCCUCCUACACCAGCGACAGCGAGGGGGCCAAAGGAAAAGACACAAAGGGCAGCAAACGUGAUCUGAAGGAGGAUGUUUUCCAGCAGAACCACUUGUUCUGGUUACAAAACACAAACCCAGCCUCUACCAAAGUGAGUGCUCUCAUCUGGGAGGGGAAUGAGUGCAAGAAGGUGGACAUGUCUGUGCUGGAGAUCAGUGGGAUCAUCAUGAGCAAGGUCAAUGCCUAUCAGCAAGGAGCUGGUUACCAGUUGCUGGGAAAUACUGUUACCAUUGGCUUAGCUUUCCUUCCAUUCCUCUAUCGACUCUUCCACUCCAAGACCCUGGAGCAGUUAUGGUCCCUUUCUCUAAAAGAACUUUUAUAUAUCUUUUGCGGGGCUCCCACCAUCCCUCCAGUCGUCGCCCUUUCAGCAAUCAUCUUCCUUGAGCGCCUGUGCCUCACCUGGAUGUUUUUCUUCAUGAUGUGUGUUGCCGAGAGAACAUACAAACAGCGGUUUUUGUUUGCAAAACUUUUUAGCCAUAUCACUUCUGCUCGGAAAGCCAGGAAGUAUGAAAUCCCUCACUUUAGACUCAAGAAAGUUGAAAACAUUAAGAUCUGGCUAUCACUCCGGUCCUACCUAAAGAGGCGAGGCCCACAGCGAUCUGUCGACGUGGUUGUAUCUUCCAUAUUCUUAUUGGCUCUUUCCAUUGCUUUCAUAUGCUGUGCACAGGUUUUAAAAGGUCACAAGACAUUCUUGAAUGCUGCUUACAACUGGGAAUUCCUCAUCUGGGAAACAGCUCUGCUUCUCUUCUUGUUGCGUUUGGCAUCCCUGGGCUCUGAGACCAACAAGAAAUAUAGUAAUAUUUCAAUUCUACUCACUGAGCAGAUAAACUUAUAUCUUAAGAUGGAAAAGAAGCCAAACAAGAAAGAACAGCUUACACUGGUGAACAACGUCUUAAAACUUUCUACCAAACUCCUGAAGGAGUUAGAUACUCCAUUUAGACUGUAUGGCCUGACAAUGAAUCCCUUAAUCUACAACAUUACUCGUGUGGUGAUCCUGUCUGCAGUCUCUGGUGUUAUAAGUGAUCUACUGGGAUUCAACAUUAGAUUGUGGAAAAUCAAACCGUGACUUGAAGAAGAAAGAAGCUUGGGCCCUUGUCCAGUGCCACAAGAGUUAUCAGCAGUCCUGCAUGGGCUUGGUAUGGCGUUUGAAGGUGCUUCUCUCAUUUUAGUAGUCCUCACAUCUCAUGUCUUUCAUACAUUCUGUCAAGACCAGAAUAAAUUUUAUUCUCAGUGAGGCCAUGGCUUGAAGAAAUGGUUAAAUACACCUUAGUAAACGGGCUUCUUAGAAUAAAGUUAUCUGACAAACCUGCAGCUCCCAUGGAGUGCAGUAGUGUGAAAUCAUACAACAGAUAUUUGUUGCAUAAACAAAACCACUGCAACAAGCCAGUCAUUUUCCGACUUGAAAAGGCUUGCUGUUAAGUCAUUUGUAAGGGGAACAGAACUUAAUGCAUACUACAAACAUGUUAAGGGACAUGUUUUUAAAAUGAGGUGGCCGAGCAUAGUUCUAAGUUCAGAGAGGUGCUUGUUUUUGGCAGAAUUACCUCCUUUUGGUAGCUUGCUCUUGACCUACUUCAAAGUGCCUCCAAUAAAAUUUUCUUGAAUGGCACUAGACUUAGCAGCA